UCUUUAUGCAAAAUACAUGGCCUACCGCUAGCGCGAACUCCUCGUUUGUGUGCAUGCUAUGCGAUGUUAUGAUUCUACUUGUGUGCAAGCGCAUGCUGUAUGCACGAGCGUAGUCAAUGCCAGAUAAGGUGAACUUUCCAGUUGGUUUAGAAAUUGAUCAUUGCAUGAUCCAGGUGAUUGUUCAUCAUGACAACGGAGGCAGCGACUGAAGUCAUGGGGGAACCCCCCACCAAAAAAGCUAAAAAUGUUACAGACGAUGGAGAAAGUGAGGACCAAAAGGACGCAACUCCAAUUGGGACUAUAGAGCAGGGCAAUUCAGAAGAUCAUCUCCAAAGUGGGAUGGUUCCAAAGCAAGAAGAUCUAGUUCCUGCAGACCCAACACCCAUUAAAGGACCAGAACAAGAUGUUGGUCCUGCUAGUACUAGUCCAGCCAGUAGUCAGAAUACUGUCCCCAAAAGCUCUGCUCCAUCUUCAGAUGCCCAGGUAUCGGACACUGUGCAAGGAAUGACCACAGAGGGCGCUGUACCUAAAGAAGAAGCCAAGGAGGAAGAGGAGGAGGAGGAGGAGGAGAUGGAGGUGGACUCUGGAGCUGGAGGAGAUGGAGGGGUCGGCGUGGGAGGAGGGACAGAGGACUUGCUGGAAUGGAAGGAUGGGAUUGCGACCCUACCUGGAAGCUCUUUGAAAUUCCGCAAGAAUGAGUUUGGAGCUCUAGACCUGAUCAUGGAUGACCUGGACUUUGACCUCGGAAUUCCUGGUCCAGCAGGUGAUGCAGGCCAGCGGGAGGUAGACCCCAAUACACUUCCUGACUCAUCAGUAGACCAGGAACCCAUGGAUCAGCAGCCCUCUGAACAGCAGUCCAAGACCACGGACCAACAAACAGAGGACCAACCUACUCAGGACCAAGCCCUAGAUGGAGUGGAACCAAAUGUCAGUGAGACCGGCAGCCAGCCAGUCAGUAGAGCUGCAACCCCUAGUCCUAGUCCUGGACCCACUGGUUCUGGAAACAGCCCUGGAUAUGCUGGAAGAGGAAGACCAAGGAAGAACAGUAUUCUCAAGGAGGAGUCAUGUAUGUGUGAGCAGUGUGGAAAGAGGGGCUUGUCGGCUGAGUUCUGCAAAUCCGGACGCUUCUGUUCACAAUCAUGCGUGGGUGCCUAUGCCAGCAAGCAAGGGGCUCUGAAGAAGAACUCUAUCAAGGAAGCGAUGAGUACGACCGUCAACGGAGGAGGAGCAGCCAAGAAGAAAGGACCAAAGAAAAAGAUGGCACUACCCCCAUCAGGAAAGAUUUCUCCCUCUGCAAGAUUACAUGGUGAUCUCAAGAUGACUAUCAACAUAAGAUCUCCAGACAAAGCAAAUGGAAAAGGAAAAAGGAAAGUAUUCCAAUGGCCAGCAUAUCUAGAGCAGGAGAAAGCUUCUCAAGCACCUGUAAAACUCUUCAAAACGGUAAGUUAAGUUUCCUUGAGCAAGAAUCUCUUCAAGGUCGGCAUGAAACUAGAGGGUAUCGACCCCAAGCACCCGUCACUCUUCUCCGUCUUGACGGUGAUGGAGAUCCGGGGCUACAGGCUCCGCCUUCAUUUCGACGGCUAUUCCGAGUGCUAUGAUUUCUGGGUGAGCUCGGACUCUCCAGACAUCCUCCCAGCGGGAUGGUGCGAGAAGACCGGUCACAAACUACUGCCACCAAAAGGAUUCCAGACUGAUUUUAGUUGGACUGCUUACCUAAAGAUGACCAGAUCUACCUCAGCACCCAGACAUCUCUUCAGCAACUAUGAAAAUGAAACCAUGACUCCCCAAGGCUUCCGGAAGGGCAUGAAGCUGGAGGCCGUGGACCGGAAGAACCCAUCCCUCAUCUGCGUUGCCACGGUAACGGACAUCAUGGAUAACCGAUUCCUCAUCCAUUUUGAUGCGUGGGAAGACAUGUAUGAUUACUGGUGCGACGCUGCAUCACCCUACAUACAUCCUGUGGGAUGGUGCGAGGAGAAUGGAUUGGCACUGACACCGCCAAACGACCAGCCUGAUCUACAAAACUUCACCUGGCCGGACUACCUUGCCAAGUCCAAAUCAGUUGCUGUCCCUACCCGAGCGUUCAAACCGCGCCCCCCGAUCCUGUUUCAAGUCGGUAUGAAGUUAGAGUGUGUUGACAAGAGGAAUGCGUCUCUCAUCAGAGCUGCUACCAUCACAGAAGUAGAGGACUACAGGAUGCUGAUUCACUUUGAUGGUUGGGACACGAUCUAUGAUUUUUGGAUCGACGACGACAGCACGGACAUCCAUCCGAUCGGUUGGUGUUCCAAGUCCGGUCAUCCCCUUGUACCGCCCAUUAAUCUUCUUAUUCCUGAUAACACUGGGCAAUCGGGCUGUCCUACCCCUGGCUGUAAUGGAGUAGGCCAUAUCAAGGGUGCAAAGUACACAGGUCACCACAGUGCUUUCGGCUGCCCGUACUCCCAGAUGAACAUGACCAAAGAGAACACCCUUCAUGACAGACUAGCUCCAGAGAGAGGGGCAGCAAGUCUUCUAACAAAGUCAUCCCCCUCAUCACCCAUCCUACCGGAACCAAAGUGUCCAACCCCCAGUUGUGAUGGAAGUGGUCAUGUGACAGGGAAGUACACCAGUCAUCAUAAGACGUCCGGAUGCCCCCUGGCGGAGAAGAACCAGAACAAGAUGCCUCCUACCAAAGAACAGGUCCCACUGGUCCCGCUGCAUAAACACCACCAGAAAGGGCGCCCUCCCAUGUCUGGAAAAGGAACAGGGCUUGGCAGGGGCAGGAAAAGGCAUAAGGACAUGGUUGAACCAGGCAAGCAAAACAAGGUGGAAGGCCAAGAUGGGCAAUCGAACCUGCAGUCUCAGCUCCACCAAUCCGUCUUCAUGUCUGCCAUGUCACCACACCCUGCCAAAGAUCUGCCCCUCUGCUGGGAGCAACAUUCCAAGCUGUUACCGGGCGUGGCCAACCUCUCGGCAGCCACCGUUGCUAGGUGGACCAUGGACGAAGUGGCCAGCUUUGUCCAGAAGCUGCCCGGAUGCCAGGAGCACGCGUCCAAGUUUGCUGAUGAGCAAAUUGAUGGUGAAGCUUUCCUCCUGCUGACUCAGAGCGACAUCGUCAAGAUCAUGACCAUCAAGCUAGGUCCAGCGCUCAAGAUCUACAACGCCAUCCUCAUCUUAAAGAACUCGGAAGAGAGCUGAGAUACAUCAAGUGUGCAAUGGAUAAAUAGACACUAAACACAGCUCAUGAUGAAGUAGAACACCCUGAGCAAGUCUGGUGAAUGCUUAGAUACAGUGGAAGUUCAUGAGGCAAGCUAGGUCCAGUGCUCAAGAUCUACAACGCUAUCCUCAUCUUAAAGAACUCUGAAGAAAGCUGAGAUACAUGUACCAUAUGCGAUGGAGAAAUAGACACUGAAUGCAGCUCAUGAUGAAGUAGAGUAUCCUGAUAAAGUCUGGUGAUUGCUUAGAUACAGUGGAAACUUAUAAUGCAAGCUGGGUCCAGCGCUCAAGAUCUACAACGCCAUCCUCAUCUUAAAGAACUCGGAAGAGAGCUGAGAUACAUCAAGUGUGCGAUGGAUAAAUAGACACUAAACACAGCUCAUGAUGAAGUAGAACACCCUGAGCAAGUCUGGUGAAUGCUUAGAUACAGUGGAAACUUAUAAUGCAAGCUGGGUCCAGCGCUCAAGAUCUACAACGCUAUCCUCAUCUUAAAGAACUCGGAAGAGAGCUGAGAUACAUCAAGUGUGCGAUGGAUAAAUAGACACUAAACACAGCUCAUGAUGAAGUAGAACACCCUGAGAGAGAGUCUAGUGAAUGCUUACAGUGGAAACUUAUGAGGACAAGGACGUUGAGACGAUGAAAACUACCUUCUUAUCUAUUUGAAAUCUUGUAUCAAGAUUGAAAGAUGAGCAUCUUUCCUAAUAAGAGCCACUGGCGGGACUCAGUAUGAAAAUAUUAACGAGAUGCGAUUUUAACCCUGAGGAAUUUGGCUGAAUGCUACAUUAAAUUAGAUAUUAAAAAGUAUGCACUUUUUAUAGAAAUAGACACUUAACAUGACUCUGGACGACACCAGUGUUGAGAUGCAGUUUUCAUCACUGGAACUCUGAUGAGUGCUACAAUAUUUAUUCCAAGAUUUGCAUUUUUGUUUAAAAAAUAGAAAGAGACUCGUGACAGGAAUCAGGAUGAAGGCAAUAUUGAGAUACCAUUUCACUUUGAAGGACAGUAUGACAAGUUAUUUAUUCAAACAUCAGCGUCUUUGACAAGAAGAGACUUUGACUGCAUAGGCUCAGGAAGGAAACAAUAUGAAGAUGCAAUUUUUUUUUCUCUGAGGAACUUUGUUGGUUGCUUGUAAGUUAGUUAUCCAAUGAGGGUACUGCAUCUUAGAAACAUAAUUCAUAUGACUCAAGAUGGUAGCAAAUUUGAGAUGCAAUUUUUUUCCUAAAGGAUAAAAACUGACAAUAUUUAUAUGAGUUCUUUUGGAUGUUCAAUAACCCAGACCUUGAUGCUGAGAUGCAAAUUUCAUCUCAAUGCCUCUGAAGGAAGCAGAGAUAUUUAUUUCAUUUUGUAUGAGAGGAAAACUUGAAAUUUGCUCAGGAUCGAAUCAUUUGAAUGGAUUUUUAAAUGCGAUCAUAGUCUUAAAGGAACUAAGACUGACAGUAAUUGAUUCUUAUGUUAUAACGGUGAUCUUUUUCAAAAGAGGGACUCAUGAAAACUUCUUCGUGAGAAGUUGAUUUGGAGUAGUAGUCUUGAAUUCAUAAGACUCUAAAGAAAACGAAAUUUCUACAUGUUUACAUCUAAAUGCACAUCUAUUUUGUAAUGGAACUAUUGCAGGACUCCUGGGCCCCGUCUUAUACACAGUUCCGAUUAAUCGCAACUGCUUGCAAUUUAUAUCAAUCGAAGCUACGUGCAUAAGAGAUAGAGAAUUGCAAACUUGUGACUGAUUGGAGGACUUGGAAUUGAUUAGGAUCAAUCGCAACUCUUUAUAAGACAGGACCUAGACAUGGUCUUGUCAUGCAAUCCUCAUCCAAUACAAUACACAAG